GCGAAGCGGCUGCGCAGACGUCACCGCGGCCGUCAUCGCUUGCCGCAUCCGCAGACUCGCUCUGGACCAGCCACAACCGCAGUGGCAGCCACAGCCGCAGGACCUCUCUGAACCAGCUGAGCGCAACCUGCGCAGCAUCUCGACCUCUGCAGCAGCCAAGCCCAGCCAAGAGCAAGCCAUGGCCGACCCCGAGAAGCAGAACCCCGCUGAAGCCCGCACCGAAGACGAGGUAAUGGAGGGCGCGCAGGGCGGUGAGGAUGCUGCAGUCUGCGACACUGCCGCCGCCACCGCCACCACUGCCACCGCCGCCACCGCCGCCGCUGCCGCUGCCGCACCCGCGGCCGAGGAGCCCCAGGCCCCCGCGGAGAACGCAAACGCGCCCAAGCCCAAAAAUGACUUUAUCGAGAGCCUGCCCAAUUCCGUGAAGUGCCGGGUCCUGGCGCUCAAAAAGCUGCAGAAGCGAUGCGAUAAGAUAGAGGCCAAAUUUGACAAGGAAUUUCAGGCUCUGGAGAAGAAGUACAAUGACAUCUACAAGCCCCUGCUUGCCAAGAUCCAGGAGCUCACCGGAGAGAUGGAGGGCUGCGCGUGGACCCUGGAGGGUGAAGAUGAGGAAGAGUACGAGGAAGAGGAAGACGAAGGUGAGGAGGAGGAGGAAGAGGAGGCUGCGGCAGGAGCCACCGGGGGCCCCGACUCUGCCAAGAAGUGAACGGAGCAGCUGACCGCAGAAGGCUGAUGAAGGGUGUCAGAUAGAUGUGAAGGAAAGUGCGUCACAUUGGAACUCAUUCAUCACACUACACCUGAACAUCCAAGCUAUGACUGAACUCUUUCUCAAUGCUUAAUUCUUCAAUUUUUUUUACUCCUGACAUUUCUGAAUGCAGAGAAAAUGAACCCAAGAAGGACUUCAUCUUUAAGACUUUUGCUUUUGCAACCCAGACAUCAGCUUUACCCACCAGUGGAGAGGUGGCCUGGAGGAAGCCUGGACUGAGAGUGUGACACCACUGUUAAUGAGGCUAGGGAAACUGCCAUUUCAAGUUAUGAAAAAAUGUUCUGGAUAUUUGAAUUUAGAGAAACAUGGUUCCAAAAGGAGGGUGGUAUUACGUGUACAAUAUUGACAACGUUUGUGUUCAUUUGUUACAGUCUCAUGUUAUGUGUUUUCUUGGUAGUGUUUGUUUACAAAAUAUCCCAAAUGUGUAAGUAUUCAAUCAGUUUACCUAACAAUUUAGAACUAUUAAUUUACUUG